AUGCGAUUCACUUGGAGCAAGCGUGGACAGGACACCUACUUCCAAAGCCCCCAUCGAUUACGAUAUCUCGCCUGUGACUUUCAAGUCAACCCUCCGCCGCAUCCAACCCCCGUGUAUUGCAUUCAAGCCGCUUCGGAUGCCCGUUAUCCGCUUUUUAUGACACCUCACACGUCAUUCAUCAUGCUACGGACAAACCCACUUUACUUUGGCAGUGUGGCCGACAUGGCACCAAUAAUCGGUCCGCCACCACGCCGGAGAAAAGGCCCAGAUGCAGAGCUGAGAUUGGCCCAGGCCUCUUAUCUGUGGGAUAAGCAGUCAACGAACCCGCAAGUACUCCGAUUCAAAAGAUUCAGUCAUAGCUCCCUUGAAAGCCUAUAUGAGGCUGUCCUCAACGUUUGCCAUAGCCCAGCCAGUCUGACUUCAGGUAAUCUUUUAGACUUGCUCCCGCGCCCUGCACACCCAGAGGUCGGCAUAGCAAUUGGUACGAGCCCGUCAGUGGCGCCUUCUCGACACUUCUUCAUCGUCAACAUGGCUUCAGCGUGUCCUCUUGGGCAAGCAUUCGCUCUUCUUAUCCCGCUAUCAAAAACUGCAGCCGCUACGACAACAGUUCGGCGAAACCUUCCGUAUAUCAUCGGUCACGAUGAUAUUGAUGUCACACCAGCUAUCAGACACCGCAUUAUUAGACUAUCCUUCAAUGCUAUCGCAGGACGCCGCUCCUUUACAUUCGGUGCCUCACGAGCCAGUGAUUACCAGUUACCACAUCUGGAUGGGAUUGCUAAGCAUCAUUUCGCCCUUUAUUUUGACUCCAAUGACCAUGCUCUAUACCUCAACAAUACCAGUUCGGAACGCAUACACCUCUCGUCAGCGGCGUCUAUUAUUCUACUUACUACAUCAAAUUCUCCAUUCCGCAUAACUACCCCUUCAACCACAAUCACCGUAGGCUCAAAAGCUUGUAGAUUCAAGCUCAUGUUGCCCACACCUACCCUUGCCUAUGAGGAAGCCGUUAAAAACCAUUUUCUCUUGUUACGAGAGUCUGCUUCUCUAAACCCAGUCAACCCAGUCGCACUCAACCCAGUCGAAUCUAAUCUUCCUAAGAAACAUGAACUCACGCUGCCCUCUUUCACGAUAUCAUCCGUCUAUCAGGAGUGCCUACUAGCAUUGUUAUUCAUCGCAGCCAUGAUAUUGGUCUAUAGGUCAGGAGCUUUUAAGUAG